CUCCCAUUUGAACAAGCCGCUUCCCGGCAUCCCCCGCGCUCCACCUGCCACCAAUUCAGGGCGCGCGGGGGAUGCCGGGAAACGGGAGGGAUGAUUCAAAUAGAGAGGACGGGAGAGGCGGAGCGAAAGGCCGAGGACAGCAGGAGUCGGAUGGCGGACGGGUAAGCGGCUUGGCCGCCAUAGAGCUUGGCAGUGCUAGAAGGGCGUUUCCUGUCUCGGGGGCGGGACGCCUGGGAUCUCUAGCUUCCCUUAGAAUCAGAGACAAAGUCACUGGCUGUGAGGGCAGUUGACGCCGACGCCGCCCUGGCAGGAGAACAUCCGGGGCUUUGGGGGUCGAGCUCUGAUUGGCUAGCUGCGUUCUGCGGGCGUGGGAAAAACCCUCAAAACUUUCCGAAGUCUUAUGUGUGGUUUUUUUUUGCUUUGCUUUUCUCCGCUCUGGUGUUUUAUGCGCGCGGGGGGGGGGGUGCAUAAAUACUUUAAUAAGUACUUCUAUAAAUAAACUGAUAAUUAAAAUGAACUUGUCCUGCAACCGCAGCCCAUGCGGUUCAGCCUGUAGGUUUAUGCAAAAAAUAAUACUAAUUGAUACCCAGGGGCAGCGUUUCAACGGGCAAGUUCCCAGAAUGGCUUCUGGCAUACAUAACUGUGCGUGUUUAUUGCACCCAUGGACGGUGUUGUAAAUAAAAAUAUGCCCUUUUCCCUUAUGGGGUAUCCAAGAGCCCAUAUAGAGUCCUUACAUAGGUUCCCUAUUGGUAGGAGAAAAUAACAGAGGCCAACCAGAGAAUAUUGAGAAGCAAAGCAGCUAGCAAGCAUGAUCUUUAUUAAUCUGUUGCAACAGGGUGCUCCCUUCACACACAGGAGAGGAAGAGGACCCCCAAAAAUGCUGUGCAAGGGCUUAUAAAGACUUUUGAAAUUCCCAUCCUCUAGAUCAAGACCACCCCCAGAAACAUUAUGCAUUCAUCACAGAAGGGGUGUAACCUAAGACCACCCCUCAGAUAAGGCGGUCUAAAACAGAACAUUUGCAUGUUGUUUUCUCCUGUCGCUUUGUUUAUUUCCUGUCUGGCAGGUUACUUGAUUGGAUUUCUUGGGGAGCCUUGGCAGUCUUUUGUAAUGAUAAGGCUCACACCCUUAUUCAAACACAGAUUAAGACAGGAUUUGUGAAGGAAGAGACAGUGGGGAGGCUUUUCCAUUUUUACCAUGCAGAGAAACAUUUGCUCAGUUUAGGAAUCAAAAUGGUUCCAGGUUGGCUUUCCUGUGCUGAUCUAUGUACGUGUGGUUAUGAACGUUGCCAUAUAUCUAAAACCAUAAAAUUCCUAUCACAACGGUAUAAAUUAAAGCGGCAACUGUAAAAACACAAAACCCCAGCGGUUUAGCCAUAUAAAAAUUCUGGCUUUGGAAACAGCAUGAUUUUUUUCAACUCCUGGGGAAACUUCAAGUAAAGACUGCAGCAACCCUGCCCUGGGUAAACCUCUCUGGGGAGGGAGGAUGGGGAGUUACAGGCAAGUGAAGAGAUUGGAGUGGGUGGGAAAGGGAGGUUUGCAGUUUGUUCCAGUGGAGUUGCCGCUGGGUGUGACCAGAGGCGGGAAUCAGUUUUGUAGAGCUUUAUAUUAAACAAGGUGGUUAGAAGCAUUUGUUUGUGAACGAUGGAAGCAUAAUCCAGAAAGAAUAUGUAAUAAACAAAAAUCUGCCCUUAUUCCCUUAUGGGGGACACAAGAGCCCUUAUAAAGUCCUUUGUAGGUUUUCCAUUGGUCAGAGAAAAUAAUAGAGGCCAACCAGAGAAGCAAAACAGCUAGUAAGCCUGAUCUUUAUUGAAACUGUUGCAACAGGUUACCUGUUAAUGGCUACUUGAUUAGAUACUCUGGGGAGCCUGGCCAGUCUUUUGUAAUGACAAAUACUUAGUUCCUGAGCCAGGUCACAGGCUCACCCUAUUCAUACACAGACAUACCCUUAAGACAGGGUUUGUGAAGGAAAAGACAAUUGGGAAGCUUUUCCAUUUUCCUUUGACCUUGCAGAGAAAUAUUUGAGGUCAAUUUGGGAGGGGCAAAAUGGUUUCAGGACUUUUUCUAUGGGGUUUCAGACAUGUGGUUUAUAUAUGCAGUUAUGAACAUUUAUCAUAUAUAAUAUCUUUAUAUCUUAUAUAUAUAUAAACAUUAGGAAGAACUUCCUGACAGUAAGAGCUGUUCGACAGUGGAAUUUGCUGCCAAGGAGUGUGGUGGAGUCUCCUUCUUUGGAGGUCUUUAAACAGAGGCUUGACAACCAUAUGUCAGGAGUGCUCUGAUGGUGUUUCCUGCUUGGCAGGGGGUUGGACUUGAUGGCCCUUGUGGUCUCUUCCAACUCUAUGAUUCUAUGAUAUCAAUAUAUAUAUAUAUAUGACUUUAAUUUUUUUUGUUUCGAUAUUAAAAGUAAUUAAAAGCAGAGUAUAGGCACAAACAAAUCUUAGAGAAGGAAAAUGUAAAUGUACUUCUGUAAAAUGCAGAAGGGAAAUGUGAUGGAAAUGUAAGAAAAUAAGAAUGAAAGACUGUUAAGUGGUCAUUAUAUUGGUACACGCCACCCCAAUCUCUGAGCUGCGUGAGAUUCCAAUCUUGGCGUUUACCCAGGGUCUGUGUUUCCUUUGGAAGUUAGGCACAGCAGAAACUGUAGUGUCUUUAUGAUAAUAUGGUUUAUUCACACACACACACACAACCUGAGUCUACAGGGGAGAGAGGGUUCAGAGCAUUCAUAUCUGCAGAAGAUUAUUUGGUCUUCUGAAUCAAUUACCUCAGUCGAGCAUGAGACUCUUAAGAUUGUAGGUUCACACCCAACGUUGAACAAAAGAUUCCUGCAUUGCAGGUUGGACUAGAUGGUCCCUUCCAAAAUCCACAAUUCUAUGAUUCUAUUAUUGUUAGGAGCAGCAGGCUUAGGUCUGCAAGCAGAGGAACCAGGCAUGCUGCCUGUCCCUUUGUUACAGCCUGCUCCAGCCAGCCCACCAAGAGGUCUACUGGCCCUCCUUCUUCCUUGCUUUUCAAACCUCUUGCAAAAUGCCACAAUUUCCCUUGCCAUCCAAGCCUGAAAUCCUAAACCUAGCCUUUGCCUGUUCACCAUACCGCAUCUGCUAUUAGGCAGUACCACCUUCUUUUGUACUACAUGAUGGUUCUUCCCAGGUGAUUCCUGGUCAGGAAGCUGAUUCAGCACUGCUAUAUCUACAUCUGGCAUCCAGGCUGACUCCAAGCAUUUAUUUAUUUUUUUCUUAUUUUUUUUUUAAAUAAUAUUUAUUAAAGUUUCAAAAGAAGAAAAAUCACAUUAAUAAAAAGAUUAACGAUAAAAAGGAAAAAUACAAAGUAGAAAAAAGAAACAACAGUUAAAAACAAUUCCAUCUUUUCAUCACUUCUUUUACGUUUACUUGUUUCCCGGACCUCCUCAUACCUCCCUCUUUUGUAUUCCAGUUCAAUUUGUUAAUCCAGCAAUUCCUUUCCCUCCUUUUUAAUCCUAAUCUUUAAUCUUGAUAUAUUAUAAAAUUAAAUUUUUACAUAUUAAAAACCAAUUUUCCCAUAUUCUUUUGUACCUGUACAGCUAGAAACCACUUAACUUCAAUCCAACAUCAUUCUAACAUUCAUUAAUUUUGCAAUAUUUCUGUAAAUAGUCUUUAAAUUUCUUCCAAUCUUCUUCCACCGACUCUUCCCCCUGGUCACGGAUUCUGCCAGACUCCAAGCAUUUAUUAAUACCCCAUAUUUACUCUAUAAAUUAUGGGUGCCUUGAACCCACAAACGCUGGCACCCAGAACUUGUAACAAUAUGUAAGGAUUACAAUAUGCAAGAUUAAAAUUAACUACAAUUUAAACUACAUUAGCCCACCUAAAUUCUACCAACUCUCUGGCUAACAUUUAUAACAUUUCCUUUUUAAAAAAUAAUUAUUAAUAAUUUCAAAAUUACAGAAAAGAAAGGAAAAAAUUAAAAACAACACUACAAUACAUAAAAAAGAAUAAAAAAAGCAAAACAUAAAAACCAAUGCAACAAUACAGCAAAAAGAUAAAAAAAAGAAAAAAAGACACAAAUCCCAUAUUACAUAUCUUUAACUUCCAUUUGCUUGUUUCAUUGACCUCCUCACACCUCUCUUUUUGUAUUCUAGUUUGAUUAGUUAUUUCAGCAAAUUCUUUCCAUCUUUCUCAAUUUUUAUUAAAUAAUUUAUCUUAACAAUUUAACCUAUUAAUUAGCUCAACAAAUCCUUUCCAUCUUUUCCCCAUAUUCUGUUAUUCAAAUUACCUUAAUUUAUUUAACCUUAUCUUACCAAAAGAUACUUUAGAGCUUAAAGCUUAAUACUCAAUUAUACAUAACUCCUAAUAUCAUUUCUACUAGAGUCAUAUAGUUUCAUUCCAACAUUUUCCCUGAUAUUCAUUAAUUUUAGGCUAAUUCCCUAGAAAAAAAAUUUCUUUAUAAAUUUUCUUCCAAUCUUCAUCCAACGUCUCUUCUUCCUGGUCUCGGGUCGUGUCAGUCCUUACUGUCCAUUCCAUCUAGUCCAUCAACCUGGUAAUCUUAUGUCCGAGGCCCUUAAGUCUCUUCCAUGUCCCUUUAAAAAAAAAAAAACAUUUAUAACAUUUCCAAGUGUCCUGACUGUAUAGCAUUUUAGUUUAAGAAAGGGACAGAGCUCCAAAUUCAGAGUGGAAUUCUAGGAAAUAGAAUCAAUUUCAGAUGGAAAGUAGUGGAGAGCAAUAUGGCAUGCAGGAUAGAGAAUACUGGAAAAUCUGAAUAAAAUACAAGUCUAGCCUAAAAUAAUGAUUUAAAUGUAAUAUAUAAUAGUGAAGGCUGACUCUCACUGUUUUCUUUUUGGGCCAAAAGUAUAGAAUGAGAAAUGGAAAAUAACCCAUAUUUGAAGUUGUCCACAAGCCAAAACAAAAGAAAAAAUUAGUGCCGUAAAAAUGAUUGAGUACCAUGUGAUAAGAGAGAAGGAAUGUCUGUGGAAAACGCAGCACAGAAACACCUAAUGCAGCACAAAUUAUUCCAGCAGCAAGAAUGAAAUCUGUAAGCGAAGGUAUAUUUGUGGGUUGAAGAGAAGAGAUAAAUUGCAGAAUAAAAAGGUAUGGGGAGGGAGGCUGCUUAUGUGAAAAAGAGAUGAAUUUGGAAUCUCAGACUUCUUCACAACACAUCCCUCCCCAAGUUUUACUGCUUGUGUGGCUGGUUCGUUUCAUUCCCCCUUUUGCUUGCAACUAAAACUUCUUUUUGCCUUGGUAAAAGUGCCGUUUCCUCUGUGAGCGGAGCCCUGCCUCAUCUUCUCAGCCCCUGCUUCAAGGUUGAAAAUUUGUUGUUUCUCUUCAGGACACUGACUGGAUUUCCCUUUCUAGGUGUGCAGACAGCAUGCAGACAGUUGACCUCCUUCAGAAGAAUUUGGUGAGUUUCCCUCCCACCUUCUUGCUGUGGAUGGAUGGCUCUUUGGAUGGGGGUGGGGUGCAACACCUCCCUCCUCCCUCCCUCCUUCCUUCCUUCUUUCUUUGAAGCCUUUAUAUCCUCUUGUGUUCAUUCUUUCUCUACAAUGUCUUUCCUGGGAGAAAAGGUGAAUGGGAAGCAACUUAGGGAAGUCGCAGUGGGGUUUUCCUCUGGGAUUGCAAAAUGGUGGCUUCCAGCUCUGUCGUGGAGGCCCCUUAUUUUCCCCAGAUAUAUAAGCUGGGAUUCCCCACUUUGUGGCCCGGCAUAGGCAGACAUGGGUCCCAGAAAGGCAGCAUGCUUCUGUUGCUGCUGCUGCUGCGUUUAUUUCUUCUUCAACUGCCCCAGGAGCACACCUUGUCUAACUGCUGAAAUGAAGGAGUGUCUCACCUGGAGAUAGGACUACCAGCCUUGGUACAUGGGGAGUGGCGGGGGGGAGAGAUUCUGAGCUUGGACUCCACUGAUUUCUUCUGUCACCCUGGUGUUCCUGUAGCUCUUAGAGCUGGAUACUUAAAGGGGCACUUGGAACUGCUGGGUAGGAGGCCUGAUUUGAACAAGGUUGUUGACUAAGAGAAUCUGGCAGGAGCAGUGGCUUUUCAGGCUGCUUCAUACGUCCAGGAUUCAUCCGCUGAAAAGAGCAUCCGGGCGGAAUUCCCGACAAUCGACAAAAAAUGUCCGGGAAAACCUGGGCAUAUGGCAACCCUUGUUUGCAAAUUUCCCAAAAAUAGUUUAAAAAAAACUUCUUUGAAAGAUGGCAGGCAUAGGGUUGGACCCUGCCAAUGGCAUAGACCGGGGGGGGGGGCGCAGAAAUCACACCUCUCCACUCUGGCUAGGUGCCUGCUUGCACACUCCCCGGACUGCUCCUCGGCUGCUCUGGGAGGCCAGGCACAACUCCUUGCCAAGGGCACAAGGGAGCCUAGAUGCACCUCCCUCAGCACCUAGUGUGGCCAAUGGUCAGGGAUGGUAGUGAUGGAAAACAACAUCCUUACCCCUGACAAAAGUUCUCUUGCCACUACCUAAGCCACCCAGGCAGCCUUUCCUGAUCUCUCUCUGUGAGGAUGGGGGUCCUGAGUGUCUGUCCCUUCACUGCGAGGGGGGCUGCUGGCUAUAUCGGGGAGAUGGCCUUUGUGGGCACUGAUUCCAAUCCUCACGCCUAUAUCUGUCUCGUUCCCCAGAAAAAAAUCCAGGACCACUUAUCCCUUCUGGACAUGCUUCAGAUGAAGGUGAGAGCAGGCUUCGCUCCUUGGGGGUGGGGGGCAACAACAGGCAAGAUAUGGGACCUAGUCUUUCAUGAGCUGGUGGGGAAAUGGGCAUCUAAUGGGGGACCCUUUUGAGCCUUGUGGUGCAAGUUCAGCUUUUUGAGUUUGUCUGCUGUUGAAACAAACGGGAGGCGGCUUUGGAGAGUUAGGCAGGGAGGAAUGGCAGCGCACGGGUGGUAGUGUUACCGGAAAAAUCCGAGGGCUCCCUUGGACAAAAAGUAAAGACACCAACCAGAGUAAAUUGGAGCAAAUCAGCAGCCUGUAGGCUUGGCCUUUAUUGAACUGUUGCAACAGGGUGUUCCCCUCACUUGCGAGAGAGAGGAAAAGACACAGAAAAUGGUGUGCAAGACCUUAUAAAAACUUUUGAAAUUCCCAUCCUCUAGGUCAAGCCCACCCCCAGAAACAUCAUGCAUACAUUACAGAAAGGAGGGGUUGAGGGAGGAGUUGUGGUGGUAACCUGAGUGUCCUGUCACCUGGCUGGUUCCCUUCUCCCCCCCCCCCCCAUGAAUCAUUUUCUGAAGACAAAAGGUAGUCGCAGUUUCCUGCCCCCAGAGGGAAGAUCUGAUCAUUGUCCUUUGUUCCAGUCCAUGCUGAAUCCAGUCCCAUAUGGAAGUUCUUUGUGAUCUUGAUUGUCUUCUGUCUAGGACCAUCAGGGUUGGCAUAGCAACUGGGCAGGGCUCCUGUGGAUGUGCUGGGAUGAUGAAGGGAUUAUGGUGCCCUGUAUCAAACCUUCCCCAUUUUGUAGUCCUUCCUUCAUGGAGUAAAAUAAAAGUGGAACAGUGCAAAUCCGAUGUAUGGUUGAUUUUCUAUGAAUUUAUAACAGAAGUGUAGCGUAUGUAGUGUGUGAUUGUGUGUGAAGUUUGUACAAACUGAAUGAUGGGGGCGGGUUUCCUGCUACAGUAGGCAGGCACAGGCUGGUGGGGAUCAUGACCCUUAAUGUGCUAUGUGGAGGAAGGACCGCAGCUCAGCACUAGAGCACCUGCUCGGCAUGCAGAAGGCCCCAGGCUCAGUCCCCACUGGCAGCAUCUCCAGGGAGGGCUGGGAAAAGACUCCCCUACCUGAAUUCCUGGAGAGAGCUGCUGCCGGUCAGUGUCAACCAUGCUGAGCUCGCAGGACCAAGGGUCUGCCUCUGUAUCGGGCAGCUUAUUAGAGGGCCACCACUCUGUGGCAGACCCUUGCUUGGCUUGCAGAAGGACCUAGGUUCAAUCCGCAGCAGUGUCUCCAGGUAAGGCUGAGAGCGUCUCCUGCCUGCACCCUGGGGAGCCACUGCUGCCAGGCCGUGUGGGCAACACUGAGCUAGACAAACCGUGAGAGUAGGGUUCUGAUUAUUCUUUUGUUGUAUAUAUUUCAACAACCCCAAAGUUUGAGCAUGAGUAGCACUGGUGUGGUAAAAGUGGAGCGUUGCAGUAACUCGAAAAUGAUAAGGCAGAGGAAAUUUUCAUUCAUACCAGCGACUUGGACAUGUGAGAUAAUCCAGUACAGUGGUACCUCGGGUUAAGUACUUAAUUUGUUCCAGAGGUCUAUUCUUAACCUGAAACUGUUCUUAACCUGAAGCACCACUUUAGCUAAUGGGGCCUCCCGCUGCCACCGCGCAAUUUCUGUUCUCAUCCUGAAGCAAAGUUCUUAACCUGAGGUACUAUUUCCGCAUUAGCAGAGUCUGUAACCUGAAGCGUAUGUAACCCAAGGCGUAUGUAACCCAAGGUACCACUGUACAGCUAUUUUAAGAAAAAUAUGAAAUGUGGUUUGUUUGUUUUUAAUGAUAACCAUAGUUAUCCAGAUGUCGUUGCUGGUUGCAAAGGGGCCCCCAUUCACACUUCAAGGCCACCACCGUUCCUGUUGGAGCAACAUGGCUCAUGGGCAGGGAAGGUUGAGACUGCAGCCCAGCUAUAGCUGGCGAGGGGGCCACAGACUCCCCCUAUGUGUGCUCAAAGGCGGCCAGGUUGUGCUGAGGGCAGCAGGGGCAGCAAACAAGUGAUGGUCUGCUUCAACUAUGGUCCCCCAUAUCUUGUUGGCCCCCAACUCCCAUCAGUCCCAAGAGUCAGCAUGGGUGGCCAGUGGUGAGAGAUGUUAAUGGGAGCUGUAGCAGCUGUGAGGCCUCUUCAAACACAUUUUCUGAGUUCUCCUUUGACAUCCUAGGUGGCAGAUGUUUGUGUGGGGUGUGAGGAGACCCGCCGGGACAUGGAGGCCGAGGAGGAGAGGCUGGCGGAGCUGGAAGCCCAGUUGAAGAUCCAGGAUGCCUCACCUGAAGACACGGAGGAGGAGGAGGAGGAUGACGACGACGAAGAUGACGACGACGAUGAGAAGGAGAACGGUAUACUGGAGACUGUCAGGACCAACAUAGCUCAGCUGAGGGUAAAGAUAGAAGCCAUGUCCCAGGAGGCUACUGAGCUGGCGGCAGAUUUGACCAGGUGUGCCCAGCAGAAGAUGGUCUUGGCAGCAGGCCUUGAGGAGGUCCUGAAGGGCAAGCAAGGUGCCCAUCAGCGGCGGGCAGAGCCCCUUUCCUGUGACCAGAAAGCAAAGCGCCUGAAAGAGGAUGGAGGAGAAGGAGACCAGGAGGUCCCAGCCGCAUCUCUACUGCUGCAAGAGGAGGCAGCUGCUGCCCUCGGAGCAGAGGACCCUUCUGUCCAGGAAGAGGUGAGCUCUGGGGAGGGCCUGGCUUGGCUCUGACGGGGUGUUCUGUGCUUAAAGGCCAGAGGGGCAUCUCCUGCAGCAGUGUCUCCUUGGAGAAGGGAUGUAGUUUAGUGGCAGAUCAGAUGGUCCCUGCUGGCAGCAUCUCCAGGUAGGGCUGGGAAUGUCCCCAACCAUAAGAAGAGCUUGCUGGGUCAGGCCAAUGAGCCACUUAGCAGCCCAGCAUUGUGGUUGAACAGUUGCCUGUGGGAAGCACAGGAGCAUUCGAUUGGAGCACAUUAGCACUUUCUCUCCUCCUGUGGUUUCCAGAAACCGGCAUUCAGAAGCAUUGAUGCCUCCGACUGCAGAGGCAGAGCACAGCCAUCGUGGCGAGGAGCCUGGCGUGCCACUGCUGCCCAUCAGUGUAGGCAGUAUUGAGCUAGAUGGGCCAGUGGUGUGGCUUGGUAGAAGGCAUCUUCCUGUGUUCCUAAGGGGAAGCCUCUCUUCCAGCCCUGAUUGCCACAGGAAGGAUAGCUCAGUUGGUAGAGCACAAGACUCUUAAUCUCAGGGACAUGGGUUCAAGACCAAAUAUUCCUGAAUUGCAUGGCCCCUUCCAACUCUUGUGGUUCUGCAAUCUAAGGCAGGGAUUGGGGAGACAUGUGGCCUUCCAGAUUUUUCUGGACUACAACUCCCAGCAUCCCUAGCCAUUGGCUCUGCCGGCUGCUGCGCAUUUUAAGGGUCCAACAUGAUCUGGAAGGCACUGGACUUGGCUCCACAUAAGGCAGCAAGAGGGGCUUCCUUGUUCCGUCACUGGGCCCAGGCUGGCAAGCAGUUUUGGCUGCAGCCACCUGUUUCGCUUCCCACAAUGCCCCAGGCCAAUGCUAGGUUCAGGGGCAUUGUGGGUAAUUUUAAAAGGGCAGCUGCAUCCGGCUUGCUGCUUGGAGUACUUGGGCCAUACUGAUGGGUGCUCAGCAGUGCCAGGGAGUCUGUAUAUGAAGGGGUCUGAGUGAAUCCUAAGGAGGCAGAGGAGAGAAUGAGCCCUAUAUAGAAGAUGUGGCAAUGGGAGGGAGGCCCCUGACUCAUCCUGCUCAACUCUGGCGCUACCUGAAGCAAAAGGGCGCUGGAUGUAUCAACCGUUCCCGACUGGCUGCAGAGGCUGAGUCAGUUCACUGGCCGGGCUGAUUCUGAAGCCAUGCCUUGUUGCUCCUGCAGGUCACGAGAUUUAUCUGAGCAGAGACAGGGGUCUUCCACACCUCCCUAGCAGGCUCGUAUGUUCUCCUCCUUUCUCACUGGGUUUCCCAGCACGGGGUGUGAAGAAGGGCACUCUGCAAGCCCUGGUGGUGGUGAUGGUGAUGUAGUCGUUAGUGUUGCACCAGGGUCUGGGGGAACCAGGGUUCAAAUCCCCACUGGUCCAGGAUGAUACAUCCUGCGUGUGACCUUGGGCCAGUCAGUGCCUCUCUCAGUCUAACCUACCUCGAGGGUCGUUGUGGGCAUUAAUUGAGGGAGAGAACUAUGCACACCACUUUGAGCUCCUUCGAGAAAAAGGUGGGAGAUAAAUUCAGUGAGUAACUAAAAUAAUAAAGUUCCUGGGUUGUGGGGUCGGGGCAUGAAGAAACAGUGUGGCUGAGGUGGGGGGCAUUGCUGGAGCUGCAGACCUCUUGGCCCUGAGGACUCUGUUUUUCCCUGCAGGCUGACACCGGAGCCCUCCAGACCAGCUGCUUACCCCCUACUGAACAACCCCCCAUCCUGGCAACAGUGGGGCUGGGUUGUCGUGUCACUGAGGAGGAGGAGCUGGACUUAACAAGCAGCUGACCUCAAAUGAGCUUCCAAAUGCUGGGGUUGGUGGGGUGAGACGAAUUGUGCUUUACACACAAUUGGGAGACUUGGUCUGAUACCUUUGGGGCAAAAGUGUUCGCGAUUUACUUGGGAAGUUGCCACAGAGAAGAGAGUGGCCAGAAUCCAGGACGAAAAAGCUCCAGCAACUUUUAACUCCUCUCCAUCCCUCCGCCAACAUCCCCUCUCAAGAAUUAACGUUGACCUAUGACCUUCCCCCAUUGACCAAAAGUUGUCUUCAUUUAAGUGUGGUGCAACUGUGGACUGGCUGCUUGUAAGUUGUUUUCCAGUGUGCUAUGCACAUGUUUUUUGUUUUUGUGGGGAGAAAGACCCCAGUUGGGAUUCUCUGCAAGCCUUUUUAACAGGAAAAUAAUCCUGGCGGUUCUCUCUGUGCCAGACAUGCUUUCUUCCCUUCUAGUCCGUCACAGUUGAUCAACGGGAGGCAAUAGGGCAGAUCUCCAAGCAGAGGAGGGUCUGCGCUUUCAGGAUCCCAGAGACUCUCAACAAUUUUAGCACAGUCCCACAGUCAGGGCAUUUCUGCCUAGGAAGGAUUGCAGUGUAAACAGCUGCCUGCCUUUAAAAAAACAAAACAAAAACUUGUUCUUUGUUUUGAAUGCAUCUUGCUCUUUUAUCGACAAAUGCACUGUUUGCAUAGCGAUCUUCCUUCUACUGAACAUUUUUCUCCCAGUUUGGAAGUGGUUUAGUGCCUGAGCUCCAGUUCCCUCCUUGAGCUCCUCCUCCUCUUCCUCCUAAGACUUUGUUUUUGGACAGCCUCUGGUUUUGUACGGAGUGGCCUUAUUUUUAAAUGUGUCCUGUAUGUACAAUUAUCCUGCUUAAAAAUGUGUUUCAUCCCUAUGGGUGUCUUUUUGACUAUUUUGGAUUUCGAAUAAAGUCCUUUGAACUUG